AUGGAAGACUACAUGAGAGGCUGUACGAGGAAGCUGGCGCUCUGGUACACGCGGACGUUCAAGCCCAUUAUGACCCACGACGAGCUCGAGCCCAUCAUGGCCACCUUCGGCUUCGUCGGCCUGCCGCCUGCGGCCUCCGCCAAGGAGUACGUCUUAUCCGCCGCCAUCGGCCGCCGGAACAAGUGGGUCCCGGCGGUGGAUCCCCCUUUUCCGAGGCCGAGGCUGCCGUACCCGAGAAUCGACGGGCUUCAUAUUUACACGUACCGGGCGUUUAUUGACGCCGUUAACUUUUACCUCGAGAUGUGUGACAUUUCCGAUCUCUUCCAUGUAAGAGGUAUGCCGCUCCAUGAUCUCAGUCGAAUUAGUGACAGGAACCGAAAGUGGCGGAAAAUGGAAGAAGAUGACAGUGUGUUUGUUUACAGAGAAGGAACACUGGAUCAAGCUACAUUCAAUCUUUAUCACCCUGCUAGUAAGAGCAUCAGCAACAAUGCCAAUAACGGCGGCAGCGGCGGCGGUGGCGGUCACAAUUCUAUCCUUAUUCGGGAUAAGGGAAGCAAUACUCCUGCCAGCUGCAUUGUUCCUUUGAAAGAUAUCAUAGUAUGA